GCAGUGUUUUGGUUUUUUGGUAAUCAGUGCUCAAAAAAAAAAGUCAAAACGCUGCUUACAACAUUAAAUCAUAGAAUAAUAAUGUUUCAACUCUCUUUAUACCCAUUUUUUUCGCCUCUUAUCAAUGUGUCCGCUUGUUAGAUUAUCAUGAAUACUUUCACGCGUUUUUAUCUGUAGCUGUUGCCCAGAACUUAUUUGCUUUCAAAUGGAGAACGCAACACCAUGGCCCAGUGGCACUAUAAGUGAGUCGCUCUCCAAUGACUCAGUAAUGAUCUUGUUUAAAAACGAUUCUGACAAUGGAGUGCAGUCUGAGUCUCCUUUGUCAACAGGAAUGGCGACGAAUGUAGAGCCAGAACUGACCUCUCAAUCCUUCUUCAUCCCAGGAAAUAUGAAUGUAACCAGCUUGAAAUCGGAUAUGGAUAAUAUCACUGCCUUGGACACAUUUCAGCUGGAUGCCAACGGACAGAUCAUUCCCCUUUACACAGAUCUUGAAGAAGAAAACCCUUUGCUCUUGGAGACUGGGAGUGAGAGCCUAGAUUCCAGUCUGUUACCACUGAAGAAUAAUUCACCAAACAGCCUCAAUAGUGGAGACAGUCUGAAUCUGAAGAACCUGCUCAGCAAUGAUAUCAUUAUCACAGUACCAUUGCCCUUAUCACUGAAUGAAAGUAAAUUCCCCAACUUACUCAACGUGCAACUGAAGCCACCUGAGAAAGGACAAGAGGAUGUAGUCCCGGCAAAGUCACUGCCCAAUGAAGCUCCGCCUCCAGACUACAUUGAAGAGAGGCUCAAAGUCUUCCAAAAUAGUAUCGUUGAGUGCAAAAUGCCAAAAACCAAGCCUGUCAAAUGCAAAGUGAAGAGUGGAAAAGGAGAUGCCUUGUACGCUUGUGAAUUUUGUGGUAUGGAGUUCGAAAAAUCUCGACAGUAUUACGGUCAUCUUCAUGUACAUUCAGGUGAACAGUUGUGGAUUUGUCAGCACUGCAAAGCUUCAUUCCAGACCCAGUAUCAGUUGCGACGGCAUGAGAGGACAUACCACCAAGAUUUUCGGCCUCACGUUUGUUCCAUUUGCAAUGAAACAUUUGAAAGACAUUCUCAGCUUAGUUAUCAUAGGCGGCGUGUUCAUGAAAAGGAGAAGUCUUUCAAAUGUCAGAUCUGCUCAAAAGCGUUUUUUAAACCAUCAGAUUUAAAAACGCAUCUGAAUAUUCAUUUGAAAGUUAAUGGUUGCAUCUGUGAAACCUGUGGCAGAAGAUUUAGUCAUGUUUCAAAUCUUAUUCGGCACCGACGAGUUCAUUCUGGUAUAAAACCAUACAUAUGUCGUGCCUGUGGACGCCGUUUCACGCAAGUAACCAGCUUGAAUGACCAUAAAGCAUAUUGUCGUGCUGUCACGAAACCAAUUCAAUGCUCUCAUUGUUCCGAGCAAAUUGCCCCUCAUUUGUUUCGGAAACACAUGCUCGAUGCCCAUGGUAUCCUGGAGAAGAGGACCAAAACAACAGCUGAAAAGAGACUAUACUUUUGCAAGGUGUGUGGUGAAAGAUUUCCUUUCAUAAACGCUGUAAAAAAACACCAGUAUGAUGUCCACUCAAAUCCUCAGGCACCUUUAGCUUGCUCCGAAUGUUCCAAGGAAUUUCAAUCGCUCGAUGCUUUUCUAGUACACUGCUGCGCAAUUAAAAGCAAAGAGAACACAUCAAAACCAUCAAGGAGGAAGGACAAAGAGCCAACUUCUAAGACUGAAACUGCAUCUGAAAAUCUCUCUUAUGGAGCUCAUUUCUUAAGUGAAAUUUGUAAAGACCCAAACGUUGUCAUAAAAACAGGGACUACAUCUGGAAGUUAUCAAAUUGAUAACUACAUGAAUCUAGACCAUGUGGUGAAGGUAUCAAAUACUUCUGGUAGUGUGGUGAACAGUAGCAAUAGCAGUAACUGCGACUCAACAAGAAAAGCAGCAGAAAAUCGGAAUGACGUUCAACUCAAUGCCGGUAACAACCUUGAUCUGAAUGUUGAGAUGUUGGACGCUAACUUGAAAUCAAUGGAAAUGCUCAAAGACAUUCCUACCUUGUCAGAAAGAAAACCUGAGAAAGAGACUGAAGAUUUAAUCGAGCUGUCAACAACGGCCGAUUUCUUACCGAAUGAACAUUCUGAUAUGAGUGAGAGACUGAUGAAUAGCAAUUAUGUAACAAUAGACCUAGACUUUAGUAAAGAUUUCACAAUCAAUAGUAUUUUAAAUCCUGAUUUUACCUCAUUGGGCAAAGCUCUACCCACAACAGAUAAGCUUCCUCCUUUGAUACCUUUAUAUGAUAGGCUUGAAAAAGACUUGUUUGAUAGCACUGAGGCAAGUGAAAACAUCAUCAAACUUGUUGGCGCUGACUCUGGCCUUGAUUACAAAGCCCUGCUCAAUGAUGCUAGGGCAUUGAUUCUAGGUACAAGUGAUGGUGACCACAAACUUUCGGAAGCUUUGGGUCAGUUCAAUGGUGAAAAUCUAUCAUCAAGUCUCCUCAGGAGCGUUCUCAUGCCUGACAAUUCAAUGGAAAAUGAUGAACUCUCUGAGAUUAACUUUGCUCCCAGCCCUUCGUCCCAUGAGAGUCAAGAAGAAAACAAAAUUUUGUAUUUAAAUAAUGAACUCAUUAUGGAAAAGACAACACUGGAUCCACUGAAAGAAAAUAGUGAAGGGAACUUGCCAUCAAACCAAUGUGUAAUUUUUCCUGGAAAGAUUACGUCAAAAUUGGAAGAGGUCUACCUUUGCACACACUGCAACAGAGCCUUCUUCAAUUUAGAAGAAUUGAAUGAGCAUUCAAAAUUGCUUAACCUUCCUGCAGAGACAAUUCAACGGGUGAAAGUACCCAAAGAGAUACAUAUAUGUCGCUACUGCUCCAAAACAUUUUCUAAGCGGAAAAGUUUAACCCAGCAUAUAGGGUUGCAUAGUAAUGACAGUUGUAAAUACCAGUGCGACGUCUGCAAUCAAAAAUUUGCAUGGAAAACAUCACUUAGCCGACAUAUGGCAUCACAUGUAAAGGAUGAGCAGCUUAAGUUCCCAUGCGAGACAUGUGACAAGUCCUAUGUAACUAUGGCUCGAUUACAGGAACAUAUAAAACGGGACCACUACAAUCAGCGGCCGCAUAUGUGUAAGAUAUGUGCCAAAUGCUUUUUCAAGAAGUCUGACCUAAAGGCUCACAUGCGCACGCAUACUCAGGAAAAACCAUACAUGUGUGGAACUUGUGCUAAGAGCUUCCGACAUGUAUCUCAUCUCAUUCGCCAUGAGCGAACCCAUACAGGAAUAAAGCCGUACAAGUGCAACCACUGCUCUGGUUCUUUUAGCCAGUCAGCAGUCUUGAAAAAUCAUGUGAAAGUGAAACACCCUGAUGUCCUUGCAGAGACAACUGCAUGAAUGGUAUAAAUGCGCCUCAUCCAACUGAACAGCAACAACUUGCCUAAAUUGAAUGUUGAAGAAAAUAUUCUCCUUUUGUCUGUGAUCAUCCCCCUUGUGACUUUUUCCUCUGUAUUUUUUUGUAAGUUAUUUUAAUUAUUGUUAUUUCAGUUUUACAACAUGUCGAUCAUAUUUUUUUUUUAUUUUAAAAGAUGAAAGUAUAAAUUAUUUUUUGUUGAUCUAAUUCAUGUUUCUCGAUUCUUUAUCAAGAGAGGGUUUCAUCAAGGAAUCAGAGCUACCCCAUUGCACUUUUUUGUAUUCUUUCUUAUUGAAAGUGAACAGUCCUAUUCUCAUGGUAUCUACAGGGUGAUCUUAAAGUCUCGCACCACUCUAAUAACCCCAAGGGUUCUUGCCCCUUUUUAGAAGGAUCCCCUUGAAGUUUUGGAGGGUCUUAAAAGUCGUCAUUUUACCCAGGAUCAUUCAAAAAAUUUCAAGUUUCUAUUCAAUUUUGUUCAAAAGCUACAGGGGUGAUGCCUGGUGUUGGUGGAGCAGGGCUUUCGGUUCACCCUGUAGAAUGUUGUUAAAACAUUGCAUUCAAUUUCAAUGAAAUAUUUUCCAAUACUAAAUUCACCCUUUAAAGAUUCA